ACUCCUAACUCCUUUGAUUCUUUGAGCAGAAUACUAUAUUCAGAUUUCCUUCAAAUCACAAGUAGCUUGUUUGGCAAGUUCUAACAGAACUCAGUAAAGGUGAAAGCCAGCCAGCUUUUUACUGGUAACAAUGUAUUCACACAGCCUCUGAUCUCUUUCUCUUCAGGCUGCUUCUUGCUCUUGUCUCACAAUAAGAAAGGAGUGCUGCUUUCCUGGGGUAUGCUAUUUGAGAAAGAAAGUAACCUAACACUAACUGCAGGCGGGGUCAGAGUGAUGUAACAGGAAGCUCUGAUGUUUCCCUUUUGCUGCUGAUCACUUACAAUCUGACAACACUUAAAAUCUACUCAGAACAACCUCUCUCUCUCCAGCAGAGAGUGUCACCUCCUGCUUUAGAACCAUCAAGCUCUGCUAACUGGAUCUCACCCUGAUUGCAGGAUCACAUUACAAAGCUUUCACUCUUCCCCACCUUGCCUGGGGGUAAAUCUCUUCUGCGGAAUCUCAGAAAGUAAAAUUCCAUCCUAAGAAUAUUUCACCAAGAAUUUCCUUAAGAGCUGGACUGGGGUCCUACGAUGAUACACCUACCACUUGUGCUACCACCUGUCAAAACUUUGGAUGGCUCUACUUUCAGGUCUUGACCCCUGAAUUUAAGAAAUUCUUAAAGACAAUGUCAAAUAUGAUGCAAGAGAAAAUGUGAUUUGAGUCUGGAGACAAUCGUGCAUAUCGUCUAAUAAUAAAAACCCAAGCUAGCUGAUAGAAGAGAAAACAAUAAUCAAAAAACUGCUGCAAGUAAAAAGAAAACGACUGCAACUUGACAAGAUUGCGGCAAACUUCAAUUUGUCGACUACAAUUUGACAAGGUUGCAAAACAAGAUUGCUACAACUUCUAGUUUAUGCUAUAUAGCAUAUUUCAUUUUGGCACAAUGAUGGAGAAAAAGUGUACUCAGUAUUUUCUGGUUCUCUUGCCUUUUUUUGUGAUUCUUGUCACAGCAGAAUUAGAAGAGAGUCCUGAGGACUCAGUGCAGUUGGGAGUUACUAGAAAUAAAAUCAUGACAGCUCAAUAUGAAUGUUACCAAAAAAUUAUGCAAGAUCCCAUUCAACAAGUAGAAGGCGUUUACUGCAACAGAACCUGGGAUGGAUGGCUCUGCUGGAAUGAUGUUGCCGCAGGAACUGAAUCAAUGCAGCUCUGCCCUGAUUACUUUCAGGACUUUGAUCCAUCAGAAAAAGUUACAAAGAUCUGUGACCAAGAUGGAAACUGGUUUAGACAUCCAGCAAGCAACAGAACAUGGACAAAUUAUACCCAGUGUAAUGUUAACACCCAUGAGAAAGUGAAGACUGCACUAAAUUUGUUUUACCUGACCAUAAUUGGACACGGAUUAUCUAUUGCAUCACUGCUUAUCUCACUUGGCAUAUUCUUUUAUUUCAAGAGCCUAAGUUGCCAAAGGAUUACCUUACACAAAAAUCUGUUCUUCUCGUUUGUUUGUAACUCUGUUGUAACAAUCAUUCACCUCACUGCAGUGGCCAACAACCAGGCCUUGGUAGCCACAAAUCCUGUUAGUUGCAAGGUGUCCCAGUUCAUUCAUCUUUACUUGAUGGGCUGUAAUUACUUUUGGAUGCUCUGUGAAGGCAUUUACCUACAUACUCUCAUCGUGGUGGCCGUGUUUGCAGAGAAGCAACACUUGAUGUGGUAUUAUUUUCUUGGGUGGGGAUUUCCACUGAUUCCGGCUUGUAUACAUGCCAUUGCUAGAAGCUUAUAUUACAAUGACAAUUGCUGGAUCAGUUCUGAUACCCAUCUCCUCUACAUUAUCCAUGGUCCAAUUUGUGCUGCUUUACUGGUGAAUCUUUUCUUCUUGUUAAAUAUUGUACGUGUUCUCAUCACCAAAUUAAAAGUUACACACCAAGCGGAAUCCAAUCUCUACAUGAAAGCUGUGAGAGCUACUCUUAUCUUAGUGCCAUUGCUUGGCAUUGAAUUUGUGCUAUUUCCAUGGCGACCUGAAGGAAAGAUUGCAGAGGAGAUAUAUGACUACAUCAUGCACAUCCAUAUGCACUUCCAGGGUCUUUUGGUCUCCACCAUUUUCUGCUUCUUUAAUGGAGAGGUUCAAGCAAUUCUGAGAAGACACUGGAAUCAAUACAAAAUCCAAUUUGGAAACAGUUUUUCCAACUCUGAAGCUCUUCGUAGUGCAUCUUACACAGUGUCAACAAUCAGUGAUGGUCCAGGUUAUAGUCAUGACUAUUCUAGUGAACACUUAAAUGGAAAAAGCAUCCAUGAUAUUGAAACUGUUAUCCUAAAACCAGAAAAUAUAUAUGAUUGAAAAUAGAAGGAUUGUUGCUUGACUGUUUUGUGCCACUCCUAACUCAAGGACUUGGAUCCAUGACUCUAUAGCCAGAACGACUUCAAUAUCAAAUGAUUUUUGAAACUCAUAAAGAAAAGCCUCACAUGAAAUUAGUAGUGUGUUGAUAAGAGUAUAACAGCCAGCUCUAUGUGGGAAAAAAGAAAUCCUGGUUUGUAAUGUUUGCCAGUAAAUAUUCCCACUAUGCCUGAUGUGAUGCUACCAACAUGACAUCACCAAAUGUGGAAUUGGAGAAAAGCACAAUCAACUUUUCUGAGCUGGUUGGUGUAAGCCAGCUUCAGCACACCAUUGCAUGAAUUCACAGAUAAAUGACUGCAAAAUUUCCUAAACAUGUUGGGCAUGAUUCUACUUUUAUUGCUCAAAGAGACCUAGCUAAGACCUAUAGACAUAAAGGGGAAAUUAGUUUUUAGUUUUAAAACUCUUCAUCCCAUCUUCUUUGGUGCAUUUGACAUUUUUCACCCAGAGAGUGCUGUAGUUCUUUUUGUAAUUACCCUUUCAAAUCGACAAUACCAGAAGUUAAUUAUCCUUUUUGGCUUUCUUCUCGCUAUGAAAAGUAACUGAGUAUUAUUGUUACAUCUACUCAUUUGCUGACACAUCAGUUAUACCUUGUGGCAUAUCCAUUGUCGAAACUUGAUGAACAGGAUGUAUAAUACACAAUCCUACUUCUAUAUCAUUAGGGAAACAUCUUAGUUGAAGCUAAAAACACCUUGUCAGCUUCUUCCUGUCUUACAGUGAGAGGGAAUUCAUUUCCCUGUACCUAUAAAUAGAAAUUUUGUCUGUUUCAUUUCUACUGUAUAAACAAAUUAGCAAUCAUUUUGCAUAAAGAAAAUCAAUGAAGGAUUUCUUAUUUUCUUGGAAUUUUGUAAAAAGAAAUUGAGAAAAAUGAGUGUGUAAAUACUCCAUUGUUUUAUUUUGUAGUCUUAAAUGAAAUAUAUACAACCUAGGUAAUUUUUAAAGCAAAUAUAUAAAGCAAAAACGUUUGCAUGUGAAUAUCUGAUACUGUAUCUGGGCUUAUUUUUAAAAAAUGAAAUAGAGUCUGGAAUUCUAUAUUUGGUGAAUAUUUUAUAGACAACCAGAUGCCAGCAUCAGAAGUCUGAGAACUAAGAGAACAGAAGCAUCUAUAAUAAGAUGAAGAUAUUUAUUUUAAAAACACAAGAUCACUAUUAUUGAAUACAUUUGUUUUGAUGACUCAUACCUAAUUAAUAGGUGUGUUUGACAUUUUUUUUUUCAUUUUGACAAUGAACUCACAUUCUAAUCCAGAAAUUUUAAACAACUACUGUAAUAAAUACCAAUCUGCAACUUUAUAGAUUUUACCCCAUUAAAAUAUUACUUUACUGACUUUUACUAUAUGAAUUUAUAUAGCUUUGGAAAUGUCCCAGGUUAUUCAAGAAAAAAAAACUAAAGGGAUACAAUAUGUAUUAUAUACAAUGCUUUUGUAUUUUAAUACAGCUACUGUAUAUAAUACAAACCAGGGAAAUACUUGAAUAUAUCAUUGAGAAAGAAUUAUUGUCAGACCUUAUUGAAUUAUAGUCAGACCUUACUAAGUAAAGGUAGAAGAAAGCCUUGCUAAUGAAUUAAAGUGACAUUUAUAUGGGAUUCAGUUCCUUUAAUGUUAUUUUCCAUUGAAAUCUCUGAAGAACAAGAAUGACUUCAAUUAGUAAAAGUCCAUUUUGGAAAGUCAGGUGUCUAUGUUUUUUAAGUGUCAGUCUGCUUAAAAUAGAUGAAACUAAUGAAUUACUCAUCAUAAGUUGUUUCUUAAGCUAUCAAUAGAUGGUGAGUUCAGAACUCAUUUAAAAUUGUUAAGAAAAAUUAUCUAAAUUCGUAGGAAUUAACAUAUUUAAUGGUCUGGUCAGUACAUUUAUAAUUUAUGCAUGAAAACGUACUGUUUGGUUUCAAACAUGAAUAUGAUAAUAAGCUGCCAUAGAAAGGAUCGCAGGCUGUUCUGGAACUUCAACUGCCUAAGUUAUAAAAUUCAUUUUAAUAAACUCAGUUAUUACUUAUUUAUUAUUCAAAGACACAUAUUUAAAUCCUUUGCAGACCUUGUUAAAAUACAUCAGUCUUCUUCUAGCUAAACUGUCAAGUCUCAGCCAUCUUGACAGUAGAAGUGACAGUAAAAAUGGUGAAUUAUCAAAGAUUAUAUUAAAAUGAACAUAUAAUUUUCAAGUAUUUUUGUUGUGCUUUUAUAAUAUUAAUUCUAGAUCAGAUUUCUUGUAUAGCCAGGGUUUAUCUGUUGUACAGUCUUGAGGCAUACCAGUCCUCCAUGAUUAAUCACUGUUAGUUAUCUAUCCAUAUAUUUUUAGAAUUAAUAUUUUUAAGUGUUAGAUUCCUCAAAAGCUGAAUGCUACUUAAGAUUUUUGUGUCAUACUUGUAAAGCAAAGUAAAUCUGACACUUUUUAAAAGCAAACUUCUUUGUUAUCAAAAAACUGAUUUGGGGAAUUUCUAGUUUUAAAAUGUAGAUCUACCAUUUUACUGUGAUUACUUGUGAAAGUCACAUUUUAAUUUUCUAAAUUCUAAUUUGUCAUUUUUUUUCCUAAAGUUAACUUCCAGUGCAUUUAUUCAUAAAAUAUUGAUUCUGGAAUGUAGUGUUUGUUUAAAUGUAAUCCAAUGUACAUUGAAUUACUAGUAAUUGCUGUUCUGUAUUUAUUGCUUAUAAAUUUUUUGAAUGUGAACUUACUUUUAAUUUUCUCUUGGUUUUAAUCUACGAGUAGAAGUCACUAGUUAUCUGUAAAAAAUAUAUUCAAGAUAUUCUGAUCAAUUAUAACAAUUUAUGUUAUGCCUAAAGUAUAUCUCGAGUUUUUGAUUGUAUGAAAAUAUUAAAGUUAUGGGUUAAAGUUGAUUUUCAUUGAUAUUUACUAGAAUGCCACAUAAUCUAAUUUAUAAACAUGAUUUAUGCAGUAAUCAGUGGGAUACUUCUAAAAUAAUUAACAAAUAUAUCUCUUUUGUCCUCUCUAAAGUCUUCAGUAAACCAGUAAAUAAAUUCAAUAAACCAAUUAAGAAAAAA